AUGACUGUUCUGUCUCUAUUUGCAAAUCCAUCAAUCGCAGAUUUGUGGCAAUUUGAUGUACUGGGAAUACAUGAACCCACUGAAAAGAAAACUAAACAAGAAAUGGCUAAUGCAGCGAAGGACUUGUUUCUUCAAACGGUUACCAUAAACAUGGAGGGGAGAUAUGAGGUUCGGUUACCAUGGAUUGAAGGACAUCCCCCGUUACCAACGAGUCACAGUGUUGCCAGAAAGCGGGUAAGAGCUAUUAUGCACAAAUUAGAGAGGGAUGGCUUAACCGAACGCUACGAUCAAGUUUUCUGCGAGUGGGAAUCCCAAGGUAUAAUCGAGCGAGUUGAAGGAGAAAAUUAUGGUCACUUUUUGCCGCAUCGACCAAUAUUGAAAGAGGGCUCUACCACCGCGAUAAGACCCGUAUUCGAUGCUUCAGCACAAGAAAAAAACAGUCCUUCUCUAAAUCAGUGCCUGGAGAAAGGGCCUAAUUUGAUUGAAUUGAUACCUUCUUUAUUACUCAGAUUUCGUGAAUUUAAAAUCGGUGUCAUUUCAGACAUAAAAAAGGCAUUCUUGCAAAUUAGUGUGCAUGAGAAGGAUCGAGACUUUUUAAGGUUUCUUUGGAUUGAUAAGGAGGAUCAAGAGUUUGUUUAUAGGCACAGACGUGUUGUGUUUGGUGUCAACUGUAGCCCGUUCUUACUUGGAAUGACAAUCGAACACCAUUUGAAAAAAUGCAUGGAUAAUCGUGGAAGCAUGGACGCUGAAUAUUCUCGGGAAACCAUUUGA